AUGUCAGAAUCAACAGAAAACACUUACGAUUUGAAAAGACUCCUUCAAUCCAUCCAUCUAUUACCAUUUUUUCAAAGACCAAGAGGUCCUACACAUAGAGUUGAAAUGGAUCAUAUCCUGAAAAAACUGGUCUUUAACAUUCUUUAUUUUUCUAUUACUGAUAAUGGUAAAUAUUUGAAAGACUUGUUCCAAUUUAAGAUCGACUAUUUGGAACAUCAACAGCAAGGGAAGAAGGGAAACAAGAAAAAAAAUAAAGAUAAGAAUAUGAGUUUGGCUGAUGCUAUCUCUACUCCAUCUGAAUUUGAACAAGAUGCUGCUGGAAACGAUAAUGAUGAUAAUGGUGAUACUGAGGAAGACAAUGACGUCCGUAAAUUUGAAUUAUCAUUACCAAAGACUAUGGAAGAUAUUGUGCAAGAUUUAGACCAUAACUCUGACGAUGAUGAAGCAGAUGUUUUCGCUGAUGAUUAUAAAGCACCAGACGAUUAUAAAGAUAGAACGUUCCCUAAAUUGACUGAUUUUUAUAAACUGUCUCCAUCAAUUCUAUCAUUUGCUACCACUACAUCCGCUAAGAAUAAUAGUCACAAGGGCAGAAAUUGUGGUAAAAAGUUUAAAGUUGGGGAACCUUUAUAUAGAUGUAAGGAAUGUGGCUAUGAUGAUACUUGCGUUCUUUGUAUCAAUUGUUUCAAUCCAGAUGAACAUGAAAAUCAUCAUGUAUAUACAGAUAUUUGUCACGAUUUUACAAGUGGGAUAUGUGAUUGUGGAGAUGCUGAAGCUUGGAAUACAACGCUCCAUUGUAAAGCUGAUCAAAUUCCAAACCAUAGCGAUGAUCAAAUGGAUAUUGAUAGUGAUUCAAACGAAGAUAUCUUCCGAAAUCCGGAACUGCAAGAAAAGUUUAAACAUACCUUAUCAGAAUCAUUCGAUUAUUUCAUUGAUCUAUUUAGUCAAAAUAUUGAACCAUUGACAACAUUUACUAAGGAUAUCAAUUUAAAAUUAAGAGAAUUGACUCAAGAUGAAAAGUAUGUGGCAAGAGCUAGAUUUAUGAGAGCUUUGGCCUAUAAGAAUCCAUAUAUUGAAAGACAACAUUUACCAACUGAAGCUGAAGAAGGAGAAAUAACUUUUUCAAAAGCAAUUGAUCCUAAAGAUUAUGCCGUCAUUAUUUAUAAUGAUGAAUUUCAUAAUUAUUCUCAAGCAACAAUGGCGUUAAGACAAGGUGUCCCUGAUAAUAUUCAUAUAGAUUUAUUGACCUCUAAAGUAGAUAGUGAAGGUAGGGCAAUGUUGAAAUGUUCAGAUAAAAUGAGUGCAUUAAUUGAAGGAUUUUUCGCUGUUCAGACAAAUGGGUUAAGUGCAACUCUUACUUCAUGGACAGAAUAUAUUCAUCAAGAAGUGUGUAAAUAUAUUGUUAUGUGGUUAAACCAUUGUUUAUCGUUACCGUUACCUAACUUCCAAAAUGUAUUCAGAGAGUCCCUGGGUGAAAUACUAUGUUCUACGUAUGAAGGAGCUUCCACCGCCGUAGAUAUCCUACCAAUUGUUCAAGAAUACUUCCCCAAUAAAUUGAAUGAAAAUGAUCCCUAUAGAUAUGUAGAUGCAUCUCUGUUCGCUCCUAAUAAUAAAAUACCAUUAGGUCAUCAUAAAGAUCUACCUGAUUCAAGUAUAGAUUCCAUAUCAUCAGUUUUAAACGUUCUGACGAAAGUGGAAUCAAGAACAUACUCAAAUACAAGAUUACAACAUAUACUGUAUUUAGAUAACAGAUAUUGGAAAAGAUUGAGAAAGGAUCUUCAAAAUGUUAUAAUACCCACACUAGCAUCAAGUAUCAAAUACAAACCAAUCUUUAGUCAACAAGUGGUGGAAAUAUUUAAUCAUAUUACCAGAUCAGUAGCAUAUAUGGAUAGAGAACCUCAAUUGACAGCAUUAAGAGAAUGUGUAGUUCAACUAUUUACAUGUCCAACUAAUGCUCAAAUGAUUUUCCGAGAUGGGAAUUUUAUUGAUAUAAUAUGGUCAAUUAUUGACAUUUUCGUUGAAUUUUGUAAAGUAGAAAAUGGUACAUUGAUAUGGCAAAGAGUUCAAAAGAGUAAUCCUUCAAAAAGUUAUACAAUCGCAUUUAAACAAGGUUUAUACAUAGUGGAAACUUUAUUGAGUAAAAUCAAUGAUCCAAAUAUUAUUUUAAAACCAAAAGAAUUUAUCUCCAUUGUUACACUUUGUAAAAUCUUCAAUAGUGCAUGGAAAAUUAAAAGGAAAGAAGGUGAACAUGUCCUUCAUGAAGAUCAACAUUUCAUCCCAUAUUUAGAAUACACUACUACCAUAUACAGCAUCGUUCAAACCGUUGAGAAAUUAUUAGAAGACUCAAAGCAUUCCAUCGAUCAAAAUCUGUUACUUAAUGCUAUUCAUUUGAUGACUACAUUCUUAGGCCAUAAAUCAUUGGUAUAUAAAUUGGUUUUCGAUUCUCAUGAAAUCAUAAAAUUUACUGUAAGUAAUGAAAGAGUAGCCUUUAUGCAUCCAGUCCAUACAUUGUUCUCGUUUUUAAUUGAAAAGGUCCCAUUACUAGAAUCCAAUAAAAUUAUUUAUCAAGAUUGUACAGAUUUUCUCAAGAUUUCCGAUUUCGCACUAAGAUCAGUAGUUCUGUGCUCUCAGAUUGAUGUUGGGUUUUGGGUAAGAAACGGUAUGUCCGUCUUGCACCAAGCUUCAUAUUAUAAAAAUAACCCAGAAUUGAACUCAUACUCAAGAGACAUUCAUUUGAAUCAACUGGCAUUCCUUUGGGAAACUGAUGACAUGCCAAGAGUCAUUUAUAACAUGUUAGAUAGAUGGGAACUAUUAGAUUGGUUUAAUGGUGAAGUAGAAUAUGCUAACACAGUUUAUCGUGAUAAGAUUUCAUUAAUGAUCCAGCAAUUCAUCUCAUUCAAUUACCAAGUUUUAACAGAAAGACAAUUUUUCAAAAAAUUCGCAACUGCUGAAGAAAGGGUAUUGUAUCAAAUUAAGAAUGCCAUCAUUUACAAUCUUUACACUAAACCAUUAUCAUAUUCUAAGCUUUUAAGAUUAGUUCCAGAUUAUUUGAUAGAAGAUACCACAUUAUUUGAUUCAGCAUUAAGCGAAGUAUCUAUCUUUGUGGAACCAAAAGGCCUAGCCGACAAUGGUGUAUUUAAAUUGAAAGAGUCGUUUUACAGUAAGAUUGACCCAUUGAAACUAUCAAAUCUAGAUAAUGAAUUCGAAUCUAGUUCAGUAAUAAUUAAAUCCCAUUUGACCAAAAAUAAGAAGGAUACAAGUGGUGUCAUUUUGCAACCUCAAAUUAAAUCUGCAAAACAUUUAGAUGAAAACGCUAUCCAUUUAGGUAAUUUUACAAGAACUUCAAUAUUCGCCAAGAUCGUCUAUAAAUUAUUACAAGUAAGUUUGGAUACUGAAGAAAGUGUUUAUUUGAAUGAACUGCUGCAUUUAUUGCAUGGUAUAUUUAAAGAUGAUGAAUUAGUAAAUGGGAAGGACUCAUUACCAAAGGCCUAUAUUUCCAAGCCAAUUUGCAAUCUGUUAUUAAGUAUAUCUAAUAUAAAAAGUUCUAUCUUUUCAGAGCAUAUCACGAAAAAGGCGGAUUAUUUAUUAGAGACUAUGCUUAAAAAGAGACCAGACGAGAUUUCUCAAUCAUUGGUUGAUUGUUUUGGUGAAACAAUGGUGAAUGAUUAUAAAGCCAAGAAAUUGAACCAAGGAGUUAAUUUAGCUGAAUCAGAAAGAGAACGUAAAAGAAGAAUGGCAAAGAAACAUCAAGCUAAACUAAUGGCCAAGUUCAACAACCAACAAUCUAAAUUCAUGAAAGAAAAUGAAGCAAAUUUCGAAAAGGAAUCUAGUACUGAUGUCGACAUGAUGGCUGGUGAAAAAGUGCUAGAAGCUGAGGACUUUACAUGUUCUUUAUGUCAAGAUGAUACUUCUUUAGAUUUAUUUAUUAUUCCUGCAUAUCAUGAUCAUACGCCCAUCUUUAGGCCUGGUAAUGUCUUCGAUGCCAAUGAGUUUGCUAAAAAAUGGGACGGCUUCCACAAUGACGACAAGAAUUUGACAUAUAUUGAUGAUAAAAACUUAGAAAAUCUAAGAACAAAUGGUCUUAGAGGUUCAAGAAAAGUGUUUGUUUCCUGUAAUCAUCACAUUCAUAAUAAUUGUUUUAAAAGAUACAUUCAAAAGAAACGUUUCGUGAAUAACGCAUUCAUAUGUCCUCUUUGUCAAACAUUUUCCAACUGUAUUAUUCCAGUCUAUCGUAGCUCUAAAGCUUCUACGCAUAUUACUUUGGAAGAUUUGGUUACAAAGGAGUCAUCUGCCAGUAUUUUAUCAACUCUAUUUGAUGUAUCUGCUUCUGACAUCUUUGAUAAAGUAUCCCAGCUUGUUGAUCAGGUAGUACAAAGUCAUGACUUUUUUGAUAAAAGGUUUGGGAAAUCCGAGCAUCGUAAUGAUUGUGAUGUAGGUGAAAUUUUGAUGACGCAUUGGGCUAAUACUAUUUCCAUGUUAGAAAUAUCUUCCAGAGCUGAUGUGAAUACCAAUGCCACUUUUUUGAAAGACAGAGAACAAAAAUAUCAAACUUUAAAGAACGUUUUAAUUUUCAUACUCCUCGUAUUUAAGAGUUUUGGUAGCCCAAACUUCACUAAUGACUUUUACAAAAAUGUCAACAAUACAGUAUGGAAUCAAAACCAAGUAUUCCAAGUUAUUGUUAGAAAUAUCUUAUACCCUAAAACUACUCGUAGUGUGAGAGACAGUAUUGGGGAAGCAGUGUUAGCAUAUGCUAAUCAAAUCAUGAUAGACUAUGCUUCUAGUUCACAAAGUUUCCAGAACAUUGUAGAGGCCCAUAACACUAUUAAGGAAUCAGGUGAAGAUUAUACUAUUGAUGGACCAUUACUUGACACUAUCAAGAGUAUUUGUCCAAAUAUAGCAUUUUAUGAUGAGGACAAUGUUGAGAAGUUCUGUAAUGUUCUCUACACAUCUUUACUAAGAAACCUUUUACCUACACUAAGAAGGGGCAUUUUGUUAAUCAAAGUUUUCCAUGAAAUAUUAAGAGAAUCAGAUGAUGAAGCAUUUGUUAUCAACGGGAUAUCUGUAGAGACAUUACUUGAAGAAAAAUCAUCCUCAUUACCAGAUUACAUCGAUAAUCUCUUAAAAUUGACAACAAAUUAUGAGUCUUUGAAUGAUAUGUUAACAACGGGGCGCAUCGGUUUUGAAUAUGAUAAAUUAGACCCAUAUUUGAAACGUAUACCAUAUGAAUAUUGUGGUAUUAUCAAAUUAGUCAACCUAUCCAAGUAUUUGAACACAUACGUGACAAAUACAAAGGAAAUCAAAUUAAGAGAAGAACAUCAUCAUCGUGAUAAUAAGAAUAGAAAUAAUAGAUUAGAUUUCAAGAUUUGUCUAACGUGUGGUGUCAAGAUUCAUUUAAGAUCAGAUCGUCAUGAGAUGCCACGUCAUCUAUCUAAACGUUGUUUUAAAUCAUUUGGUAUAUUUUUAAUACCUAACACUUCAGAAGUUUGUCUAUUUUUAAGUCAUCCACCUUCUACUGUUUUCAUAUCUGCACCAUAUUUAAAUUCACAUGGUGAAGUUGGUAGAAAUGCAAUGAAAAGAGGUGAUUUAACAACAUUGAAUUUGAAAAGAUAUGAACAUUUGAAUAAAUUAUGGAUUAAUAAUGAAAUUCCUGGUUAUAUUAGUAGAGUCAUGGGAGAUGAAUUUAGAGUAAGCAUAUUAUCUAAUGGCUUCCUUUUCACAUUUGACAGAGAGGGAAGACAAGGUGGACGAUUCGGACGUGCAUUUGGAGAUGGUUUUGACAGUAGUGAAGAAGAAGAAGGUGGCAGUGAUGCAUCUGACGUGGAGAGACCGUACCACGGUAACGACGAUGACGAAGAUGAUGAAGACGAUUCUGGAUUCGAUGAAAGUGAUGAAGAUAAUGAUGGUCAUAAUCAUGGACAUGGUAUCGGUGGUCUUGGUCGUGUAGAAGCAGGUGAGGGUGGUGGUAUUCGAAUGAAUUUCAAUGGCCAACCAUUGAAUGCCGAAGCAGGCGAUUUCUUCAGGUUGUUCGAGACUUUCAGAAAUAAUUUAGCAGGCGAAGGUGGAGAAGGUCCAGGUGCUGGUGGAGCUGCUGCUAUGACGGCCCCAUUUUUGCAAUUCUUAGGACCCCAAUUUAGAGGUACGGGGGGAAAUAAUGAUGGAGAAGACGGGCCUAAUUUUUUUAAUUUGGGGAAUAAUGAAGGAGAGAGCGACGAAGAAAGUGAUAAUGAUGCCUGGUAG